AUGGAAGUCAGUGUAACACAUGCACAACGUUUUUUGAGUGUGACUCUGAUAAGGAAAAUCUCACUAGAUUUUAAGGCUGAAGAGGAUGUGGCAGUUUUGGGAAUUCACGAUAUAAGGUUUUCAUCAUCACGGAUCAUCCCUAUUGAUAAAGUGUUCAACCUGGCACAGGACCACAGCUUCCCCCCGAUAGCUGACCUGUCCCUGCUCCGCCUCAGCAGGCCUGCCAGACUUGGCAGGAAUGUUUGUACAAUUUGUGUCCCGGAUGAGGAUGAGGAUGAAGAACUGGAUGACAGCUGGACCUGCAUUAUCACUGGCUGGGGAGCCACUAAAGCCACUGCAACUGUAGAUCCAAACCGCCUGCACCACGCUGUACUCACUCUGAUUAACCAGACCGCCUGCAACAAGAUGUGGGAGUACGCGCUCACCAGUGACUCCCACAUCUGUACACAUCCUGCAGGAUCCACCUCCUGCAUGGGUGAGUCUGGAGCUCCUCUGUUCUGUCGGAAGCAUGGUGACUUCUUCCUGUUUGGUCUGUUCACAUGGGGCAACAGACACUGUAAUGCAGACAAGCCAGCAGUCUUCUCCAGAGUGCCACGUUUUGAUAAAUGGAUUAAUGAGGUUCUGAAAGACAACUGA